UUAUAUGAUGCAUGCGCAGCAGCCAAAACUAAAACUCAACUAGGGAGAUGUCUCUGAUCACGGGUGAUCCUGAGGAUUCCCCAAGGGACUGUUCCAGGUCCUCCUCCCGGCCGCACAAGCACCACCAUCACCACCACCACGGCAACCGACGUCGUCGUCGGGCAAUCAUCGCCGUCUCCUCCACCGCGGCGUCGCUCCUGUCGCUGGCGCUCAUCCUGUGGCUCACCCUCCGUCCUUCCAGCCCCAGCUUCUCCCUGCUCGCCGCCACCGCCACGGUAUCCAACGCCUCCGCCGCUCCUAUCAUCACCGUCGACGCCGCGCUCACCGCUCACAACCCCAACGCCCACGCCACCGCCCUCUACGACCAGCUCCAGGCCACCGCCUCCUACGCCGGCGUGCCCCUCAGCGGCGCUGCGCCUUUGAUGCCCACGCCCUUAGAGCAGCCGGAGGGCGACGUGGUUCUGUCGGCCAUGCUCACGUCCAGCUCUGCCUGGACCUGGACGUCGACGUCGCCGUCGCCGCCUGACCGUGCCCUGCUCAGGGUGCGCAUUCAGGGGCAGCUCCGCUGGAAGGUGGCCGCCUGGGUGUCCGCCACGCACGGCCUCACCGUGGACUGCAUCGCCGCCGUUCUGCUGCAAGCGUCGGCGAUCCCACUCCCACCAGGACAGGGGCAGCUGCAGCAGCAGGGGGCAUCCUUCCCCUCCCAGUCCCAGUCCCAGUCCCAGUGCGCCACCAACGUCCAAUGAAGAUCCAUCGUAUAUCUUCAUCUUCAUUCAUCAAUAGUGAUGAUGGUACAUACGGUGCAGUGCGCAAUCCGUUGUCAUCCAUGACUAAUAAAUGACACGGUCCUACCUACCUAGCCUGCCUAUAGCGGCCGUAGUCCCUAAUUAACAUCGCCAAUCAUUGCAGUUAAUACUAGUAUAAUCCAAGUAUGUAUGUAUGUAUCUUAUUUUUCACCUACUAGUAAUAAUACUAAUACUAUACUAAUACGGCCGUAGUCCCUUGUGAAGGUUUGUGUGCGUGUGUGGCCAACGCCCUUGUGAAGGUCUGUGUGGUGUGGCCAAUGGCUUUGUAACCGUUCAGACAAGUGCUACAGUGAAUAAUUAUUUUGAGCCUCAAUGAAAACAAAUACCACUUGUUACA